AUGGAUAGACAGGGGAUAGACACAAUUUGUAAAACCGAUUCUUCAAGAUUAAUGACAAUGCGAAAUAAUACAGAAACCUUAAGUAAGAUAUUCUUAUUAAUUUAAGUCAUCAACAAUUUAGGAUUUGAUAGUCGGCCUGGAUUAGGGUAACAAAUAAAUGACCAAUAAAUUCCUGAGAGUUGUGUUGAUGAUGAUAAUGAAUUGUAUGCUUCAGAAAAUUCUUCCAUUUCAAAUUAAAGUAGACAAAGAAGUAGAAAGGAAUCAAGAGUAGAAUCUCUCAGUAAAAUAAUGAAGGAAACCCAGAAAAUUUAAUCAGAUGAUCUUCAUUAACCUAUUGGAGGUUGGGAUAAUAAAAUAUGGUAAAAAGGUGCAUUAAGAAUAAUGACUUACGUUAUCAGAUUCGUAAUGGCAUUAUUAAUAAAUUCUGAAAAGUUCAAAUUUACAUUCAUGAAAAAAAGACAAUUCUAAGCAAUAAAUGAUCAAUCAGCUAUAUUUGAUUAUUAUGAAGAGAGAUUUUUAAUACGAGGCAAAAAGAAACUUAGUUAUUCAGUAAUUAUAUAAAAUUUAUUAAGUAAAUACUUAAAUUAAGAAUUCAAAAUAAUUGUUUAUAUUAAUCUUGCCAUAUAUUUUUAUAAUAUGUUGUUUACAAGAUUAUCUUUAUUAUAGUUCCAACUAGUACUCCAAAAUUAAUAUGGGAUGUAUUCCUUUUAAUAAUUUUAUCAAUUUAAAUGGUCUUUGUGCCAUUAAAGAUUUGUUUUUAAAUUGAAAUAACUUAAGAAAUAUUGUAGUUUUUUUUAUUAACAUUACCACUAUAUGUCUAUCUGAUAGAAAUACUAUUAAAUUUUUUAACGGGAUUUUAUGAACAUGGAGUAUUAGUAAUAGAUUAGAAACAAAUUGCAUUACAUUAUUUAAAAUCUACAUUUUGGUAUGAUUUUUUAAGUGUAAUGCCUUAAUUUAUAAGUACUAUAAGUGAUGAAUCACAAAUUUUUGAGAUUCUAUUAUUAAUACGUUUAAAAAGAUUAAUAUUACUUGCAGAUACAUUAGAAGAGACAUUAAAUUUAAGAUAAAAUUAUUAAACAUUUAUUGAUGUUGUUCGUUUGUUAAUUUAAUUUCUAUUUUUAUCUCAUUUAUUUGGAUGUGUGUGGCAUUACAUAGGAGUUUUAGAAGAAGAAUUUGGGUAUUUAUGUUUUAGAUAUAUUGAUUUAAGAUAUGAUUAGAAUUGGAUCAAGUAGAAAAAUAUAGAUGGAGAGUCCUGGUUUGUUAGAUAUGUUUUUUCAAUUUAUUGGAGUUCUAUUACAACAUUAACUAUUGGAUAUGGAGAUGUAAUACCAGUAAGUUCAGUUGAAAGAAUGUUUGUUGUAAUAGUAGCUGUAGUAAGUAGUGUAGUAUUUGCAUAUACAAUUUCAAGUAUUGGAAAUAUUUUUAGUUAAUUAAAUGAAAAUAAAAAGAAUUAAAGACAUAAAAUGUUUUUAAUUAAGAAGUUUAUUGAUGAAAGAAAUGUAAAUAAGGUAUUAUCUAAUAAAGUAAAAAAAUUCUUUGAAUAUUUUAUUUAAAUUGAUCAUACUUCUGAUAAUGAAUGUGUUAAAUUGAUUGAGAAAUUAGAUCCAACUUUGAAAACAGAAUUAAAAAUAGAUAUUUAUAGAAAAUUUAUAUCAAAUUCUAAAUUAAUAUCUACUACAUUUUCUGAUUUAAUGUUAAAUGAAAUAUGUUAAUUAGUUAAAGAGAAAUAAUAUAUGCCAGAUGAAUUUAUUGUUAUUUCUGAUUAAGAAAUUAAUGAAUUAUAUUUUGUUUUAGAAGGUGAAAUCUCCUUAAUUGUAGAAUUAAAUAAAUGUAUUAAUUACAUAAUUUAUAAUUUUUUAGAAAAGAAUAAAGUCUCGUAAUUGUCAUUAAUAAAAAAAAAUGAGGUUUUGGGAGAAAAGUAUUUUCUUACUAAUGCUAAAUUACCUUUUUCUGCCAAAGCUUAGAGUUUCGUUAGAGUUGCUGUUUUAGAUAAAUAAUAAUUAAAUAUCCUACUUCAAAAAUAUCCAGAAGAAUUCGAAAAAUAUAAAUAAGCAUUGAAUAAAGUUCAAUUAUAAGAAAGAAUCAAAUUAGCAGGUUGUGAACUCUGCUAUUAAAAUCAUAAAGUUUUAGAGUGUCCUUUUGUAUUCUAUUAACCAAAUGUUCGAUUUAUAGUUAAACGGUAAUACCUUUAAGAAUAAGUAAGACAAUAAUUUGAGCGUAGACAAGCUAAAUCACAUGUAAUAAUUGAUAAUUUAGUUAGAAUUCUAAAAGUGAUCGAAUGGGCAUAUAAUAUCGUUUAGUUACAUAUGCUUUGGAGAAUAAUUUAAUUUAAGAAGAAUCUAUAAAUGAUUCUAUAAUAAAAAAAAUGGAUUUAUAAUGUUUGGAACAUCAAAAAAAUUUAUUUAGAUCUUGUACUGAUUCUUCUAUUAAUACUCUAAUAAAAAAUAACAUAAAUCCUAAUUUUUAAAGUGGAGGAAAAGAAAGUCCACAUGAGAGUCAAGACUAAAUAAUGAGAUAAAAUUCAAAUAAUACUCAUAAUCCUAGACCUAGUUUUACAGGAAUAGGAAGUACAAAAUAAAUGUCUACUUUAAAAUUAAUAAAAUUAAAUAGUAAAAAACAAGAAAAGUAAGAAAUUUUUGAAAAAAUUGAAUUAAAAGUACCUGAAAAAAUAGUUUUAUAAGAUAUAUGUGAACAUUCAUCAGAUUCUGAUUUAUAAUCACCAGAUAAGACUAAAUUAACAAAAUAAAAUAGUUUCACAUUUUGUGCAUCAGCAGAUUUUAAAACUUAAUUAAAAAUAGAAUAUUAUUAAAAAUUAAUCAUUAAUGAAUUAGAAGGACUUGAUAAAUAUUAAGAAUAUUAAUUUUAUUAUCCUUAAUAUAAUGUUGAAAAAGUAAUUGAAACAAUUAAUGAAAAAUAUAAAUUAAAAAGACUAAAAUAAUCUAAAACAUUAAUUAGAAGAUAAAGUAGAUAUCUAUCAUCUUAUCCAACUAUAUCAAUAAGAAGGAAAAGAAGUGGAAUUGUUGGUGAAGAAAUAAUACAUGAGAGUUGA